AUGAAAAUCGUGAUCGUGAUGAAGAUGAGUACUGGAGCAACAAGAAACAGAGCCGAGCAAAUCUCAGAAUUUAAUGGUAGCCCUCCGCCUGAUCCCGUAAAAUGUUCAAAUAGAAACCUUGAUUGCACAAUAGAAAACGCAUACGGAUCGUUCCCGGAUCGAAGCAUUUGCCAUGCAGCAGAAGUUGCGUAUCCAACCACAGAGGAAGAGCUAAUCUCAAUUGUAGCAAAUGCAACAAUGCUGAAGAUGAAAAUGAAGGUGGCAACAAAAACAUCCCACAGUAUUCCCAAGUUAAUGUGUCCCGGCGGCGAAAACGGACUCAUAAUUAGCACCAAAUUACUGGAUCAGACGGUUAGUGUGGAUCAAUCAGAGUUGAUAAUGACGGUUCAGAGUGGAAUGAUGCUCCGGGAUUUGAUUAGUAAGGCGGCCGCGGCCGGGAUGGCCUUGCCUUAUGCACCCUACUGGUUGGGUGUCACUGUGGGUGGAAUGUUGGGAACCGGUGCUCAUGGAAGCUCCUUGUGGGGUUCCGGCAGCGCCGUACAUGAUUCCGUCGUCCAGCUUCGAAUAGUUUCGCCGGCCGGGCCGGAUGAAGGCUAUGCUAAGGUUAGGACACUCGAGAGUGGUGAUCCUCAGCUUGAUGCGGCCAAAGUCUCGCUUGGUGUUCUUGGUGUUAUUUCUCAGGUUACAUUGAAGCUGCAACCAAACUUCAAAAGAUCACUAACAUUGAUGGAAAAAAACGAUUCGGGUUUGGGAGAUGAAGCGUUAACCUUUGGGAAGGAUCAUGAAUUUGCAGAUUUUAGUUGGUUUCCCAGCCAGAAAAAGGUGGUUUAUAGAUUAGAUGAUCGAGUUCCCACCAAUAUAUCAGGAACGGGCCUUGAUGAUUUCUUUGGUUUUCGAUCUACUCCUUCUCUUCUUCUUGCAGCAAUUAGAACCACAGAGGUUGGUCAAGAACUUAUCAGUUCUGCCAAUGGGAAAUGUAUAAGUGGAGCUGCAAAUACAUUGGCUUUGAAAACACUUGCCUAUGGUUAUACCAAUGAUGGUAUACUAUUCACUGGCUAUCCUAUAGUUGGGUAUCAUAAUCAUCUCCAAGCAUCGGGAAGUUGCCUAAAUGGCAUUGAAGAUGCAUUGUUCACCGCAUGCCCAUGGGAUCCUAGAGUUGAAGGUGUAUUUUUUUUCCAAACAUCAUUCAGCAUAAGCCUUUCAAAAGUCAAGGGCUUUAUUGAAGACAUUAAAAGUCUUGUGGAGCUGGAACCAAAGGCACUGUGUGGAAUAAACAUCUACAACGGCAUCCUAAUGAGAUACGUUACAACUUCAAGUGCUUACUUGGGGAAACAAGAAGAUGGAUUGGACUUUGAUAUCACUUAUUACAGAAGCAAGGAUCCAACUAAGCCUAGGCUUUAUGAAGAUGUUUUAGAAGAGAUUGAGCAAAUGGCUAUGUUUAAAUAUGGAGCAUUGCCACAUUGGGGGAAGAAUAGGAAUGUUGCUUUCAUAGGGGCCAUUGAGAAAUAUACCAAAGCUGAUGAAUUCUUGAAGGUUAAAAAUGAAUAUGAUCCUGAUGGGCUGUUUUCAAGUGAGUGGACAGACCAAAUUCUUGGACUGAAAGAUGGAAUUAGUAUAGUUAGGAAUGGGUGUGCUUUAGAAGGCCUUUGUAUAUGUUCCCAAGAUAUCCAUUGUGCCCCUGAAUCAGGCUACUUUUGUAGGCCUGGAAGAAUUUACAAGGAAGCUAGAGUCUGCAGAUUUUCUUCAUCCUAG